CACUAUCUUUAGAUCAUUAUGUUGUAACUUAUCUGCAGAAAAACGUUUUGAGCUCAAAAAGCAGUAGUAGCAGUAUGCACACCAGGGAGUCAAAUACACGGCUCUUUCGCCAAUGCGAUUCGCAUCGAGACGUUCACCACAAAAGAGCCACUCAAGAAUAGUUCGCGAACAACCCAUCAUUAGUGGAAUUGUUCUCUCGACGGCGAGCUGUUUAGAGCUACGUGUGCAGGUUAUCCCCAAUUAAGCAGGAUUUGACGCCUUCAUUAUUUCUCCAACAAAGACACCGAUGAAAAAUAACCGAUUGAAUAGAGACCUGAGGUCAUGGUCUGGAUGAUUCUACUGAGAUGGGCCUAGGUGGUUCUGGUCCAGAUGGGUCCUGUGAAGAAAUGGGUGGAAGAAGCAGGACGCCUAUCAUUCUGACUGUAGUCUGGAUGUAUGGACUGUAGACAGACACCAUUGUUUUACGUCAGAUGCUGUGACUCUGUCCACACGGUUGAUCUUACGUUGUAUAGGAGGAGUGUUACGAAGGAGUGACGCCACCUGUUGGACUCCAAACAGAAGACAAUGCUGUAACCAGACAGUGUGUGUCUACCAGGCUAUGGUAUCUGGCCGGCUCUGCUGUUGUCUAGGCUCUGAUGGCAGAUAUUCCCUCUGGACUGCUGGAGGCUUGUGUAGUGGUUGGAGCAGCCUGCGAUAAACUCAGGGAAGUCCAUCAGUCCCAUCAGCAGGGUAAAAUCAAAGAGCUCCCCCUGUUGGGGGCAGAGGUACUACAGGUUCACGCCCCACCUUUCGUGACCAAGGAGAGUGCGAGUAGCGAGACCCAGGCCUUCAGCAGGGUCCAGAAGAGGCGCUCCUUCAUCAAGAAGAAGAAGGAGAGGGCUGGAAUAGCUAACGGAGAGACAGCCAAGGGUAGCGAUGGAAGGGGCGACACCACCACAGAGGACAUCAGUGUCCCCAAGGACCUGGACCUCAUUGCCCUGCCACAACUCUGCUUCCCAGGUGGUCUUCAGAUAGCCAGCGAGCAGAGAGAAGACUCGUACCAUUACCUCGUGUUUACUGAUGUCUUUGGGAACAGGACACAUGCUGUAGUGGUGCAGUACUACAGGCCUAUACAGCUAGUGACUACCCUGCAGAGCUGCCUCCAGUAUAUGAGUCAUCCAAAUAAAUGGCAUCCUGCACUAAAAAUGCAGGAUGUUGGGCACCAAAAUGGCCACCGGUCGUCCUCCAAGUCGUCCCGUCUCUACACGGCAUACGGCAUCUGUGUCAUCUCUAAAUACCCUUACUACAAUGCUCUCCGGGACUGCCUGUCAUGUCUCUUGACCCAGCUCAAGCCCAGCUGGAUGGGGGACUUUGAGGAGAGAGUGAAGGAGUUUUCAGCCAAGCUGGCUCUGGUGCCCAUUCCCCCACCAGGGCAACUUCAUGUGGUCUUUAACCUCAGGCCUCUUCAGAUUGGGCUUCCCUCCCGGGAGGAUAAGGACCGGCCGGCUGUUGACCUGGACCUCCAUCUGCCUUUCCUGUGCUUUAGACCCCGACAGCUCCUCCAAAUCAUUACCAGCCUGUUGACAGAGCAGAGGGUAGUGCUGUUGUCCUGUGACUGGGCCCGGCUCACCCUGCUGGCAGAGAGCCUGAUGCUCUUCAUCCACCCCCUGGUGUGGCAGCACCCCUUCGUACCCAUCCUCUCACGCCAGAUGCUGGACUUCCUCAUGGCGCCCACCGCCUACCUCAUGGGCUGUCAUCUGCACCACUAUGAAGAGGUGGCUGCGGAGGUAGCCGCGGAAACGGAUGAUCUGAUCCUGGUUAAUAUUGAUGAUGGGACCGUGUCGUCUUCCUGGUCUGAUGGGAUUGACCUGCCCGAUGUCCCGAUGGCGGCCGCAGAGUGUUUUAUAACACGGGUGGAGGGUCUCCAGGUGCACUAUGACCUGGAGGUGUGUCACCUGGGGGCCAGUACAGAGGUGAACGAGAGGAGGGCCCAGAGGAAGCAGUGGCAGAGGAAACUCAACACACACAUCCUGAACAUCACUCUGGAACUCAUCGUCAACAUCUUCAGAGAAGUCCACGAUCACCUCAACUAUGAGCACAGAGUCUUCAACAGUGAGGAGUUCCUUAGGUCUAGAGAGCCAGCAGACCAGCCAUUUUACAAGAAGGUGUUGGACACACACAUCUUCCACUCAUUCCUAAAGGAUCGUCUAAACAGGAAGAUGGACGGGUUCACACGUAUGGAGCUGAGUACUCGGACAGAAGCUUACAGGCUGAGGUCCAUGACAGAGUCUCCGCGGCGGCCCACCAUGCAGGAGUUGGCCCGUAAAUACACCAGCCCAGAGAGCCGGCUCAGCAAGAGGCUGGGGGCCAGCCUGCCCAACCUGGGGGAGAGUGGGGGGUCUCUGGUGGGGCCCCUCAGGCAGACCUCCUUCAAGAACAUACAGGUGGACAGCGGUAUGAAGUCUCCCCAGAGGCCAGUGAGAUUGUUCAAGCUUCCUGAGUUCCCCCCUCCGCUGGCCUACCACUACGUCCAGAAUUACUACCAGGAGAUGAUCACCCUCCUGGGCAAGGCCAUCAGCGGGGCGGCCUCCGAGGACUCCUCUCUCCUGGCCCGCUAUCACUACCUCAGGGGCUUCGUCAACACCGUGGCCGGUAAACGCCUGGACGCUCUAGAAGACUUCCAGAACCUCUACAAGACAGACACAGACAUCUUCCCUGGCGAGCUGGUCAACGCGCUGGUGGACUCUCUACAGGAGGGCGAACAGGCACUGGCUGACCGCCGACCCGAAAUCAAACGGCUGAUUAGUCGAGUGAAGAGGGACCAUGAGAGGGAGCGGGCGCGCCAUGUCGACCAAGGUGUCAAGCGGUUCCAACUCCCCAAAAAGCACAUGCAGUUGGAGGACUUUGUGAGGCGCGUGCAGGAGUCUGGGAUUGUCAAAGACCAGGGGACCAUUCACCGGCUGUUUGAGGCUCUCACUGUGGAAUGUUGUAAGAGCAGCUUGGGUUGGCAUGGUGGUGGUUCUGCGGUGAAGGCUUCUUCCCAGUCUAUCUUUUACCUUGAUUCCAAUCUGGAGGGCCAGCAGAAACAGGUGGACCCGGAGAUUUUCCGCGUGUUCUACACCUUCUGGAAGGAGACGGAGGCCGAGGCUCAGGAAGUGGCCCUGCCGGCCUCGGCCCUGGAGCACCUGGAGGCUAAUGAGUGUGUCUUCAAGCUGUCCUCUUCGGUCAAGACCAGCCACGGCGUGGGCAAGAUCGCCAUGACACAGAGACGGCUGUUCCUGCUGACCGAAGGACGACCCGGGUACAUGGAGGUCACCAAGUUCAGAGACAUUGAGGAGGUGAAAAUCUCCUCUGCUCCCUUCCUACUGCUGAGGAUCCCGUCUCUGAAGAUCAAGACCACCCUGAGGAAGGAGACGUUUGAGGUCAACCUGAAGUCAGAGGUUGACCUCUGGCACCUCAUGGUCAAGGAGAUGUGGGCUGGAAGGAAGAUGGCCGACGACCACAAGGACCCCCAAUAUAUGCAGCAGGCUCUGACCAACGCCCUGUUGAUGGAUGCAGUGGUUGGCUGUCUGCAGUCACAAAAGGCCAUUUUUGCUGCAACCAAGCUGGCACACUUUGACAGAAUGAAACUGGAAGUCCCGCUGAUGGUCCCUAAAACCACGUCAGAGACCCUGAAACACAAGAUCAACCCUUCUCUGGACCUGACUAGCCCCCAGGCGGUGGAUGUUCUGCUCUACACCCCAGGCCAGCUGGGCGUGUCGUCUGACUCUGAGGGUGAUGGGAACCCCAAACUGUGGUGUGCCCUGAGUGACGGGAAGGUGGUGGUGUUUGAUGCAGCCAGCUGGUCCAUGCAACAGAACCAAGUCCAAGUGGGAACUUCACGAGUGGCAGGCCACCUGGUUUGAAAUGGGCAAAUGUUUUGUCCAGAACUGCAUGCUGGGAGUGGACCGGCAGCAAGUGUGGAUUGGCACCCAGGAUUCAGUGAUUUACAUAAUCAGCACCCGCAGCAUGUCCUGUAACAAGCAGCUGAGAGACCACCGCAGUGAGGUCACAGGGCUGUCCCUAGGGGAAUGCAGCGAGAAAUACAG